UUUAGGUGUUUUGUUGUGUCGGUUGUUUUGUCGGGAUGUUUGAAAGAAAAUAAAGGUUUUUCCGCAGAAAAGUCGGAAAAUUCGUCAGGAUGCCAGCGCGACUAAAGCACAUUGAAGUGGAAAACUUCAAGUCGUACAAGGGGCGACGCACUAUCGGUCCUUUGAAGCCUUUUAAUGCUGUAAUUGGCCCAAAUGGAUCAGGAAAAUCUAAUUUCAUGGAUGCCAUCAGUUUUGUUAUGGGAGAAAAAACUCAGAGUUUGAGAGUGAAGAGGUUAAGUGACUUAAUUCAUGGAGCAGCUAUAAGUAAACCAAUUUCGAGAAGUUGCUCAGUUGCAGCAGUAUUUAUUUUGGAUGAUGGCUCUGAGAUGGCUUUUCAAAGAUCGGUACAUGGCUCAUCAUCGGAAUACAAAAUUAAUGGCAAUAUUGUAGCUACCAAUGAGUAUUUAGGAGAACUGGAAAAGUUGAGAAUUAAUGUUAAAGCCAAAAAUUUCCUAGUCUUCCAAGGUGCUGUGGAAUCAGUAGCCAUGAAAAAUCCAAAGGAAAUGACAGCUUUAUUUGAAGAAAUUAGCACAUCUGGAGCUCUAAAGGAAGAAUAUGAGAAAUUAAAGUAUGCUAUGCAAAAAGCUCAAGAAGAAAUAAAUUUUGCUUAUCAGAAGAAAAAAGGGAUUAAUGCUGAGCGCAAAGAAGCUCGUCUGGAAAAAGAAGAAGCUGACAAGUAUUCCAGAUUAAAAGAUGAUUUGAAUAACAAACUGGUUGAACACCAACUGUUCCGCUUGUAUCACAACGAGUGCGAAAUGUCCAACUUGGAAGCCGAUAUGAAAUCCAAGCAAAAAGAGGUUGAAAAAAUCGAGAAAAAGAAGGAAAAAUCCGAGGAAGUGCUGAAAAACAUCAAAAAAGAACAGGGAAAGUUCAACCGCGAGCUCGCCAAAAUCGAGCAGGACAUUCGCGAGGUCGAAGUGGAAAUCACCAAGAAGCGCCCGCAGUUCAUCAAAGCCAAGGAGCGCGUCACGCACAUGCAGAAAAAACUGGACGGCGCCAUAAAAACGUUGGAGCAAGCGCGCAAAGCGCACGACGCGCACAUGAACGACAUCAGAAAGCUUGAGGACGAGCUGGAGGAGGUGGAGAAAACGAAGCGUGAGUACGAGCAGCAGAUAGCCGGCGAGUCGCAGAGCCAGGGCAGGGACGUGCACCUGGAGGACGCGCAGGUCAAAGAGUAUCACCGGUUGAAGGAGGAGGCCGCCAAAAGGUCCGCCCGCUACAUGCAGGAGCUGGACUCGGUGAAUCGCGAGCAAAAGUCCGAUCAGGAUCGAUUGGACAACGUUUCGCAGAAGAGGACCGACGCCGAGAACAAGCAUCGACAAAAGUGCCACGAGAAGGAGGAGAUGGAGAAAAGAAUCGAGAAGUUGGCCGAGCAUAUCAGGUCUAGCGAGCAAGCAUUGCAAGACCAAAAUCAGAUGUUGAACGAUUUGCAGUCCGAUGUGGGUUCUUCAAAAGACAGAGUGACCGAAAUACAAAAGCAACUCGAUGAUGUCCUUGAGCAGCUGGGUGAUGCCCGUACGGAUAAGCACGAGGAUGCUCGCAGGAAGAAGAAGCAGGAAAUCGUGGAACGAUUCAAGACUUAUUAUCCAGGAGUGUAUGACAGAAUGAUAAACAUGUGUCAACCGAUCCACAAGCGUUACAACGUUGCCAUCACCAAGAACCUGGGCAAGUACAUGGAGGCCAUCGUGGUGGACACCGAGCACACCGGUCGCCAGUGCAUCAAGUACCUGAAGGAGCAGCGCUUGGAACCGGAAACCUUUCUUCCGCUCGAUUAUCUGCAAACCAAGCCCGUAAAGGAACGUCUGAGGACGAUUACGGAGCCGAAAGGCGUCAAAUUAAUUUACGACGUCUUGCAGUUCGAACCGCAGGCCAUCGCGAAAGCGGUCAUGUUCGCUACCAACAACGCGUUGGUUUGUGAAUCCCCUGAAGAUGCCAUGAAGGUUGCCUACGAGUUGGGGGGAAGAUAUGAUGCUGUUGCUCUUGAUGGUACAUACUAUCAAAAAUCUGGUAUUAUUUCUGGUGGUAGUUUGGAUUUGGCUCGUAAAGCUAAGAGGUGGGAUGAAAAACAUAUGGCGCAGUUGAAAAGUCAAAAGGAAAAAUUGACAGAAGAACUUCGCGAUUCCAUGAAAAAAUCCAGGAAAGAGUCCGAGUUGAAUACAGUGUUGUCGCAAAUUCGAGGUUUGGAUACCAGGUUGCGUUACGCUAAAACCGACAUGGAAAGCACUAAAAAGCAAAUCAAGCAAGUGGACAAUGAACUGCUCAAGCUGUCCAAUGAAAUGACUAAAUAUGGGCCUCAAAUAGAGGAAAUCGAGAAAACCAUGUCGACCCGCGAGCAGCAGAUCGAGGAAAUCAAGGUGAAAAUGAACAGCCUCGAGGACGUGGUGUUCUCGAAGUUCUGCCAGGAAAUCGGGGUGCGCAACAUCAGGCAGUACGAGGACAGGGAGCUGAGAGCGCAGGAGGAACGCAAACAAAAACGUCUCGAGUUCCAGAAACAAAUCAACAGGAUCACCAGCAAUCUGGAGUUCGAAAGAAGCAGAGACACCCAGAAUAAUGUGUCUCGUUGGGAGCGCUCCGUGAACGACGAGGAAGAAAAACUGGAGACGGGCAGAAAGCAGGAGGCGAAACAGCGCGAAGAGAUCGAAAAGGAUCAGCAACAGGUGGAGCGUCUGAAAGCGCAACGUCUCAACAAGAAACAAGAGGUCGACGGUAUGGAGGACGACGUCGGAAAAGCCCGAAGGGAGGUCGGAUCGAUCGCGAAGGAUCUGCAGGUCUGCCAGAAGGCAAUCGUCAAUCUGGAGUCCAAGAUUGAGAGCAAACGGAGCGAUAGGCAUACAAUUCUCAUGCAGUGCAAGAUGGAGGAUGUUGCAAUUCCAAUGAUAGUAGGCAAUAUGGAGGAUAUUAUAGCUGCUGAUCCGCAAUCACAAUCUUCCAGCGAUCAAAGUAAUUCAACUCACCAAUCUGAAAAAGAAGCAAGGAUCAAGAUUGAUUACAACAUGCUGGGUGAAAACUUUAAGGAUUUGGAAGAAAAGGACGAGAUCCGCAGGGCGGAAAACAAACUUUUAAAAUCCAUUCAAAACCUUCAAGACACGCUAACAAAAAUCCAGGCUCCCAACAUGAAAGCCAUAGAGAAGCUCGAACUGGCCCAAGGCAAACUGCAGUCGACCAACGAGGAGUUCGAGGCGCUCAAAAAGCAGAACAAAAAGGCCAAAUCCACCUUCGAAAAGAUCAAGCAGCAGCGGUACGACCGCUUCGUGAAGUGCUUCGAUCACGUCUCCAACGAAAUCGACAACAUCUACAAGUCGCUGGCGCAGAACCAGUCGGCGCAGGCCUUCCUGGGCGCGGAGAACCCCGAGGAGCCCUACCUGGACGGCAUAAACUACAACUGCGUCGCGCCCGGAAAGCGUUUCCAGCCCAUGUCGAAUUUGUCCGGAGGAGAGAAAACCGUCGCCGCUCUGGCGCUGCUUUUCGCCAUCCACAGCUACCAGCCCGCUCCGUUCUUCGUGCUAGACGAGGUCGACGCCGCCUUGGACAACACGAAUAUCGGCAAGGUUGCCAAGUAUAUCACGGAGAAGACCGAGUCCCUGCAGACCAUCGUUAUUUCGCUGAAGGAGGAGUUUUAUUCGCAUGCUGAUGCUUUAAUUGGAAUUUGUCCCCAGGAUUUGGUAGAAAAUGAUGAGAUCCGCAGGGCGGAAAACAAGCUUUUAAAAUCCAUUCAAAUCCUAGACACGCUAACAAAAAUCCAAGCUCCCAACAUGAAAGCCAUAGAGAAGCUCGAACUGGCCCAAGGCAAACUGCAGUCGACCAACGAGGAGUUCGAGGCGCUCAAAAAGCAGAACAAAAAGGCCAAAUCCACCUUCGAAAAGAUCAAGCAGCAGCGGUACGACCGCUUCGUGAAGUGCUUCGAUCACGUCUCCAACGAAAUCGACAACAUCUACAAAUCGCUGGCGCAGAACCAGUCGGCGCAGGCCUUCCUGGGCGCGGAGAACCCCGAGGAGCCCUACCUGGACGGCAUAAACUACAACUGCGUGGCGCCCGGAAAGCGUUUCCAGCCCAUGUCGAAUUUGUCCGGAGGAGAGAAAACCGUCGCCGCUCUGGCGCUGCUUUUCGCCAUCCACAGCUACCAGCCCGCUCCGUUCUUCGUGCUGGACGAGGUCGACGCCGCCUUGGACAACACGAAUAUCGGCAAGGUUGCCAAGUAUAUCACGGAGAAGACCGAGUCUCUGCAGACCAUCGUUAUUUCGCUGAAGGAAGAGUUUUAUUCGCAUGCUGAUGCUUUAAUUGGAAUUUGUCCCCAGCCCUCUGAUUGCUUGGUCAGCCAAGUCUUGACCUGGGAUUUAACAAAAUACGAGCACAAUGGUUAAAUUAAUUAAUUUAAUAGGUAUACUUAUGUUAUGAAAUCUAGUUUAGAUUUUUAAUAAAUUCUAUUAGUUAUUAGGUUUAAAUGUGUUUGACGUUAAUAAAUAUUUUUAUAAUCUG